UUGAGAGAGGAGAGUGUAGUUGUUAAAGGAAGGUGUCAGUAGUGGACCUGGCAGCAGGGCGCAGGUCUGGAUCGACGCGACGCCACCCAGCGCUCACACCUGGGAUGACAGUCACACUCCACUAUUUCUCUAAUUAUCUCCCUCUCAGAUGAGAAAAUUGUGCCAAGAUGGGAGAUGGAAUGCUAUCAUUGUAUUGGAACAAUCACAGAGCAACAUUCUGCCACAUCCUAUCAACACUCAGGGAAAAGGAGCGGUAUACAGAUGCAACCCUGGCGUGUGAUGGCAAGUUUUACCCUGUACAUAAGUUGGUGCUAUCAACAUGUAGUGAAUAUUUUGAAAAUAUGUUUGAGCACACACCAUGUAAACACCCUAUUAUAGUGCUCAAGGAUGUGAAACCUGAUGAACUAGAGGCAUUACUGAGUUACAUGUAUGCUGGUGUAGUUAGCGUAGCCCAAAAUGACCUCGCUAGACUUAUUAAAGCGGCGGAAAUGCUGCAAAUUAAAGGCUUGGCCGUACCUGAUGAACCACCACAAUCGGAAGAGAGUAGAAGAAGUGCACCAUCUAGAAGUGGGAGGGAAGAAAGAUCAAGUCCACAGCCAAAGAGAAGAAGAAGAGAAGAAAAUGGCACUCCUUCUCAAGGUGGCUCUCAACCCUCCAGCAGUCCUCCUUCCUCACCAAGAGCCUCUCCAUACCAGGCAGACAGUGAACAGUCUCAGGCGCGCUCCAGAACGCACGGAGAAAGUCGCCGAUCGGACAAAAUGGACACUAUAGAACAACCCGCUUCACACGAGUCUCAGGCAUCAGAUGUUAAGAUUAUGGUUGAUGAAUCUCUAGUCAAAGAGGAGAUGGUUGAAACGAUAGACAAUAAUCAGUCGGAGGGACUGGACACCGGAAUGCAGUAUGGUCAUGUGGGUAAUGAUCCCGGCAUGGAUGGGUCUGGAGGUGGGGAAGAACAUAGUCACAUGAUGCCCAACAAGUUUGACCAACCAGUUAUACCCGGGCAAGCACAGCCCCUUGCAGAUGCUGUUGCAGAAGCACUAGCGGGGCCUUCAGGAAUGCAAGGGUGGCUUGGCGGGAGUGAUAUGACCGGGAGCUUCUCGGCAGAAAAUUAUGGUGGUGAGGGGAGCCAGGAGGUUCACCCAUCACAAGCAGCUGGCGGUGCUCCUCAUGCGCAACAGCGGGCCACAGCAGAAACUGCAGCAAGAAUGAACUCCAGGGAAGCAAAGUGGCCAAAGAAUUCGUUGGCUCAUGGGAAAGUCGCCUGUAUCAGUAAAAAAACUGGCUUCAUCACCAAAAACCCAAUGAAGAGUCUUCAUGGUAGAUACUUUGGAAUUCAAAGGAGGAAACCAGGAUCAAAGUCCUUCUUAUAUGGAAAGGGAAAGUUUUGUGCCCAAACAAGUUUUCGCUAUGAAGACAAAGUUUGGUAUGGGCAACUCCUGCAGCAGUUCACUGGUACUGCUUUGUUGCCCUCCAGCCAUGCAGUAUAUGCUGUUCCUGCCAGGUCCUCAAGUUCUCACAGCAUACGUAAUAUUAGUCCUUUGGGAAUGAUCUCGCGAUCUCAUUGUAGCUCCACUUGGACACAAGAAAAGCGACAACAGCUUGAAACUUCCGUGGGGUCUGCACCUUCACCUCAGCCAGAGCCAGAUGACACGGCAAUAUUUCACAUCCCAAGCUUCCCUGGAAAGGUGACUACUGAUGUUCCUUCUUUGGUUGACAUCACAAAAUCUGGAAGUGCAGUAGAUACAGGUACCAGCAGUGUUCAGGAAUUGCAAAAUGAAAGUGUUCCUUCUUCUGAAGAGCCAGAUAAACAGUCAUCUCUCAGAAAUUCUUUAGAAAAUCAGCUCAAGGGAUCCCCAAUUUAUAAUCUUGAUUGGCUCAAGUCUAUCCGUGAAAAAUAUGAAAUCAAAGCAAAGUCUUCUGAUUGUGAUGCUGAGAUUCUGGCUGAGGCACAGAGGUUGAUUGAGGAGAGAAGAAAAAAGUCACAGGCAUCUCUAGACAGCUGUAUUUCUCUUAGAAUGAGGCACUUUGACUUGUCAUACCCUGGGAAAGUUAAAAAACGCCAUUCUGAUGACGAAGAUGAGUAUGAUGAUGAAGAUGAAUACGAAGAUGAAGAGGAAGAGGAAUUGGUGCCACUUACACCAGAAAUGGAAGAUGUUAUUGAGAAUGCUUUACAGAAAGCUCCUGCUGGGGAGGUGCUCGUUGAUAAAUUCAAUACUCAAAUUACUCGUCACGAUAUAUCCACUCUGGCCGGCCUUAAUUGGCUUAAUGAUGAAGUUAUAAAUUUCUACAUGAAUUUGUUGAUAGACCGAGGGAAGAAUGAUAAUUAUCCAAGUGUUCAUGCAUUCAACACUUUCUUCUAUCCCAAGUUGAUGAAGACUGGCUUCCAGACAGUGAAGAGAUGGACUAAAAAGAUUGAUGUAUUUAGUUACGAUUUACUGCUUAUCCCCAUCCAUUUAGGGAUGCACUGGUGUCUCGCUACUGUAGAUCUUCGUGUCAAAGCUGUCUAUUAUUAUGAUUCAAUGUUGGGUGAUAAUAACAAAUGUCUGGAGUCUUUACUCAAGUACUUGGAAGAUGAACAUCAAGACAAGAAGAAGACCAGUUAUGACACAAGUGAAUGGACACUAGAAAAUGUUAAGGAUAUUCCUCAACAGAUGAAUGGGUCAGAUUGUGGAAUGUUUGCCUGCAUGUUUGCUGAGUACCUGUCACGUGAUGCAGCCAUAACUUUUGACCAGGAGCACAUGCCCUACUUCAGGAGGAAAAUGGUUUAUGAAAUUGUGAAAGCCACCCUUCUGUAACAUGAGUUGAUGUGUGUGAAGUAGAUUAACACUUAUAAGGAAUUAAAAGUCCAUACUUAUGAAGUGAAAGGCUUAGAGAAGUGUAUGUUAUAUACCUGAAGUUAGUACCAGAGAAGUUAAUAUUUGGACUUAUUGUUAGUAUGUUCUUGAAGGAAAUAAUCUCCCAUUCUACAACUUCAUGAUCAAUAAUGGUAAGCUUGAGGGCUUUUGACCCAAAUGUUUCAUAAGAAGGGUUAUUAGACAGGUUGGAUCACAUAUCAAAGCUUGUCAACAUAAAGAGUUUAAAAUACUUUUGUAAGCAUGUAAGAUGUAGAGGUGUCCUGUGAGAUCAAUAUUUGAGUUAAGAGUUUUCCUAAUUUGGUAAACAGAAUAAAAAAGGCAGAAGACAUAGACUACAGGUAGAAGCUCAAUAAUUGCAUGAGUAAGAAUUGUACCAGGGUCUACUGUAUCUGAGGUGGUGGUUGGAAACGCCAACAGUCGACUCAAUCACAGGUCAGUAAGGCAGCCCUAACCAACCAGACCUGGUUAAGUAAAUAAGUUUGGACAUCCUCUUCAUGUUUAUGGUAAUUUCAGUGAAUGAGUUAGUGAUAUGAUUUUGUCUGUACAAUAUUAUUUAUUUUGAAUAGUUAUAACUAUGUACUGUAGUAAAAAAAAUGUUGAUUUUGAUCAUGGAGAAUAAAUUUUCUUUUCUUAC